ACAUUUUUAGACUUAAACAUCUAUAGAGUAUAUAUCGGAUUGGUGUGUGUAUGACUGUAUAUGCGCGGACAUAAGUUGGGGUGUCGUAGUUUAAUUAUAAAAUGAAAUUUCAAUUAUUAUAACUAUGCUAGAUUUAGCACUUUAAUUUUUUACGAAAAUACAAGUACGAAUAAAUUCUGUUUUAAAUGUUAAUCAAAAGUUCAACGCUAAAGGAUCUUAUCUAAAAAGUGAAGUGUUUAAAAAUUUAUAAUAAUAUAAAAAAUAAGGUGUUACCUUGGAAUGAAAAAAGUAAAAAAACUGUCAGUAUUACAUACUAUAACAAGGAGUAGAAACGGAAAAAGUACUUUACAUAUGCCAAACUUAAACAUUUAAAAAACAACAAAAACUACAAUAUAUCUUAUCAUUAAAGUGCAAGUGUCUGUUAGUCGGUCGCUUAGUCGUUCGGUCCGUCUGUCUCUUUGUGCAAGAAAUUAUUUAUUUAUUCUUUUAUUAUUUAUUUUAUAAUAUACUACAUAGAAUUAGAUUUUUGACAAUUAGUCAUGCUGAAAAAAGGUUUAGUACUAUAAUUUUAAAGAAUGAAAAUGUAAAGUGUCGUCAUCGUCAUGUAGUGAAAAAAAUAUUAAUUAAAUUAUGAAAUAAUUAAGCCGAGAAAAGUGAAAAAAAAACAACAAAAAGUAUAAAAUUUCUUACCAGUCAAAAAGUACAUUUGAUAAAAGCUUUAACAAAACAAAAGACAACAAAAUCUAAAAAAUAUAAAAAAGUAAAAUCGUAUAAUAUACAAAAAAAGUAAAUUCCAAAAAAAAAAAAAAAUAAAAAAUAUGUACUUAUCUUAAUCUUAAAGUUAUCAUACAAACUUGCGGCGUAUUGUUUUUGUAGUCGUACUUGUGAGAGUGUGUUAACUUUUUUUUUUGCAACAUGUUUCAACUUUAUACAUUGAGAAGAUAAUUAAUUAAUAAAAAAACACAGAAAGAAAGACAAAUAUUAUUAUUUUGGGAAUUAUUGCACUUAAUAUAAAUUUAAUGAACAUUUCAACAUAAUGGCUGAAGCACUGGCUGAAGGACAAAUUCAUGGUUAUAGUGAUAAUGACACAUCAGAUACAUGUCGCUUGCGAAUUGUUGUUUUGAACGGGAAAACUUUAGCUAAAAAGGACAUUUUUGGAGCCAGUGAUCCUUACGUGAGAAUUGAUCUCAAUACAAUAAAUGGUGACAUAAAUAUUGACUCUGUUUUAACAAAAACCAAGAAAAAGACUCUUAAUCCUACAUGGAAUGAAGAAUUUUUAUUUAGAGUCAAGCCCUCUGAACAUAAAUUGGUAUUUCAAGUAUUUGACGAAAAUAGACUAACAAGAGAUGACUUCUUGGGCAUGGUAGAAUUAACAUUGGCAAACUUGCCUACCGAACAAGAGGGAAUAAUUUUAGAACCGCAAAGUUAUCCUUUAAGGCCUAGAAGGUCAGUAGGUGCUAAAUCGCGCAUUAAAGGAACUCUGGAAAUCUAUCAUGCAUUUAUACAUGAACAAAGGGAGACCGUGGAACCGACAUCGAAUUCAAACGAGUGGGAACAUGUUGAAAUUGUUUCACUAGCCGGAGCAGCUCAGAAUGCUCCUACUGUUAAUGGUGGAAAUGAUAUAUUGCCACCGGGUUGGGAAGAACGUCAAGAUGCCAAUGGUCGUACGUAUUAUGUUAAUCACACCGCUCGAACUACACAGUGGGAAAGACCAACAAUUUUAAAUACCAAUCAUGCAAGUGAUAAUACGGAAGCUGCCGCAUCAGAUUUUCAAAGACGAUUUCACAUUAGUGUGGAUGAUUCUGAAGCAACUAGAGCAGCAGCGCAGAACGAAGAUGGCGACCAGAUCGAUAGUGGAAAUCGUUCUCAAACAUCUGGUUCAUCAACCAGGCGCAAUUCAGUUGAAGAUAACAAUGCCGCUGUAACAGAGCAGCCUCCAACCACUACUGAAGAAGAAGAGCCCUUACCUCCUAGAUGGUCAAUGCAAGUGGCGCCUAAUGGACGUACAUUCUUUAUUGAUCAUGCAGCUAGACGUACUACAUGGAUAGAUCCACGUAAUGGUCGCGCUAGCCCUAUGCCUAAUCAAACACAACAACGUGGUGAGGAUGAUUUAGGACCACUGCCCGAGGGUUGGGAAGAGCGUGUACAUACAGAUGGUCGUGUCUUUUAUAUAGAUCACAAUACAAGGACAACACAAUGGGAAGACCCAAGACUUUCAAAUCCAAAUAUUGCUGGACAAGCUGUACCCUAUUCUAGAGAUUAUAAACAAAAGUAUGAAUACUUCAAGAGCCAUCUUAGAAAACCAACAAAUGUACCGAAUAAAUUUGAAAUUCGUGUACGAAGAACAUCUAUUCUAGAGGAUUCUUAUAGAAUUAUUAGCCAAGUAACUAAAACUGAUUUAUUAAAAACUAAAUUAUGGGUAGAAUUUGAAGGAGAAACAGGUUUAGAUUAUGGUGGUCUAGCUAGAGAGUGGUUUUAUUUGUUGUCUAAAGAAAUGUUUAAUCCAUAUUAUGGGCUAUUUGAAUAUUCAGCCAUGGAUAAUUACACUUUGCAAAUUAAUAAUGGCAGUGGUUUGUGUAAUGAAGAUCAUUUGCACUAUUUCAAAUUUAUUGGCCGUAUUGCUGGUAUGGCUGUCUAUCAUGGCAAAUUACUUGAUGCCUUCUUCAUACGUCCUUUCUACAAAAUGAUGCUACAAAAGCCUAUUGAUUUAAAAGAUAUGGAAUCGGUUGAUACCGAAUAUUAUAAUUCCCUUAUGUGGAUUAAAGAAAAUGAUCCCAGACAAUUGGAAUUAACAUUCUGUGUGGAUGAGGAUAUAUUUGGACAAAAGAGUCAGCAUGAAUUAAAGGGAGAAGGUGCCAAUAUCGAAGUUACCAAUGAAAAUAAAGAUGAAUAUAUUAAGCUGGUCAUCGAAUGGCGUUUUGUGGCCCGUGUUAAAGAACAAAUGACCGCCUUUUUAGAUGGUUUCGGUUCAGUGAUUCCUUUAAAUUUAAUUAAGAUUUUCGACGAACAUGAGUUGGAGCUUUUAAUGUGUGGUAUUCAAAAUAUCGAUGUUAAAGAUUGGCGUGAGAAUACUUUGUACAAAGGCGACUAUCAUCAAAAUCAUAUUAUUAUACAAUGGUUCUGGCGUGCCGUCCUCUCAUUCUCAAACGAAAUGCGUUCACGUUUACUUCAGUUUGUAACGGGUACAUCACGUGUGCCUAUGAAUGGUUUUAAGGAGUUAUACGGUUCGAAUGGACCUCAAAUGUUUACGAUCGAAAAAUGGGGUACUCCUAAUAAUUUCCCACGAGCUCAUACAUGUUUCAAUCGUUUGGAUUUACCUCCCUAUGAAGGUUAUUUACAAUUAAAAGAUAAACUAAUCAAGGCUAUCGAAGGUAGUCAAGGAUUUGCUGGUGUUGACUAAUAUUUUGUUCAACAAAUAUCUGGACAUGCAUCACAAAACUCUGUACGUUUAGAAAAACGUUGUCUACCACUUUAUUAUAUGUUGAUUUUAAUAAAAUCUCAUUUUGAUAAUGCUGUCAGUGAAUAUGUACUAUACUAUAUUAAACUAAGUGUACAACGAAUACUACUAAAUAAUAUAAAAAAAAAAUAAUAAUAAUAAUAAUAAUAAUAAUAAUAGACAACAGAUGCGUAAUUACUACGUGGCCUUUUCCAUAUAACUAUUAAAGUACUUAAAAGAAAUGUAUUUGUUCAUUUUUGUUUUCAAACUGUUUUUCUCGCUUUUCUUUUCUUUUUUUUUUUUUAUUCCAAAACUAUGUAAGUAAGUAUGUACAGAGAUAUGUAUGGGUGUAUGGUUGAUAGUUUUAGCAACUUUAGAUAGAAAUUAUUAAAAAAAAAACUGAAAUAUUUAUUUAUUAAACAUACUUAGACCAGCAUUAGCAUAUUAGUAAGAAGAGAGGCAUCACUUAUAAA